CUUUUUAAUAACCUGUUUUUACACUAGAAAGAGUUUUUGAAGAAAGAAAAAUCGUGAAAGUCAAGGCUCCAUAUUACAAAUCGCAUGUCUACAUGUAAGUCACUCUCGAUAGACGACUCUAACCAUUCGGAGGACUCGCGUCUCAAAAUAACGUAGAAUAGACUGGUGAAAUCACGAAUAUCGGUGAAUAAUUCAAGUUUUUCACGAGUCACGCAAAAUCUUCAGGUCACGAAGAAUAAUCUCCUAAAUUCUACGAAAAUAAAAUGAGCUUAUCACGCAUCACGAAAAUAUCCCUGUACAACCCUCGAAGAAAGAUCUACGAUCCAAAUCUCGUUUAGGACCCAAGAUCCGAAUGUCAAGACAAGUACAAUCUGGAUUCCGCGCGAAAAUCCACAGCUAUUCCACGAUCCACUGUGUUCUCAAAACCCGCGAAUCCUCCCGAUUUAACGCAAAAAUCCGUGCGUUUUUUAAGGCCAAAUCCGUCGAUCCGAAAACCUAUUCACCCCCCUCUUUUCUUGAUUUCCUUCGCAUUAUCUUGUUUUAAUAGUAUGUUAUGGAACUGUGGCUAGAAGGAAACAAAGAAAUCGGAAGUGACGUUUAAGGGAAAUUUUCGCUUCUCAAUUAAAUUUGACCUGUUGCUCCUACGCAAAUAUCGAUCGUUCUUUUGCGAUGUACAGCAAAUUCACCAUGUUGUCAGCUAAUGAACUGGAGCCACCAGAGCUUAGUAUUACUAUUCCAGAAAAACGAAAUCUUUCAACAGCUUUCAUGCACUGGGGGGAUUUCGAGCUUCCAAUAGAUAUUCUUCUAUUGACGGUGAAAGACUGCGAGUUUCUGGCCUGUUACUUCUUUCUGAGAAAACCGUUUCGAAGUUAUUUGAAAGAGCUUGGCUAUAUGUAUUUCGGGGAGAUGGGCCAACGAGAAGGCACGAAACCGCUACAAAUCGUGUUAAUUACGUGUUCAGAGGGCGCCACACAACCCGGAGGAACACUGAUUAAGGUGAAAAAUGCCGUAGAAAUAUUGCUGCCGAAAGCUGUGUUUUGUGUCGGAUGUUGCGGAGCUUUGAAUCGCGAAAAAACCAAACUGAAGUUAGGAGAUGUAGUGGUUUCUUCAAAGUUGACUACGUAUGCCGACAAAACUGUCACAGAUACUGGAGUCCAGCCUCGUGGCUUAUCUGCACCAGUAGGAAGAGAUAUUGCUGGUUUAAUCAGACACGCCGCUGAUGGUUGGGUAGCCCCGUUAAAGAACACGGAAGCGAGAAAAGUGAACGUCCAUUGCAGUGGUGAAUUUUUGAGUGGACCAGAGGAAAUUGACUCGAACACGCGACGAGAAGAGCUCGUUGAAUUAUAUCCUAACGCGAUAGCAGUUGAAAUGGAUGGGCAAGGCGUCUUUAGUGCUGCCCAUGAUCUUAAGAUGGAGUGGGUCAUCAUUAAGGGCAUCUCUGACUAUGCAGAUGGUACUGCUUCUUCAACUGAAAACUGGAAGCCUUUUGCUAGUGUCAUGGCAGCUUCUGUUGUCAACAACAUUCUCCAAGAACCAGCAGUAUUUGAACAGUGGCCUCAUUACCAAAAACAUGACGUCAGACGAGAGCAAUUGACAGGCAGAGCUCGAUCAACUACACGAUCAAAUGUGGAUAGUGUAUCUGGGCCUUUCUUCCAAACCAUCACUGGCCACUCUGCACCUGGCCAGAACCUGGUUGAAGUGGGAUCUCUGAAAGGCGAAACACUAGCACUCAGAGAAAAGAUAGAAACCCUCACCAUUCAUUGGAAGCAGGGCUCAAUUGCUGGUUUCGGUGGAGACAGAAGUCGGACGUACGUGCUGUGUGAAUACGCUACUCGCAACGGAUACAGUGUUCCAAUCUAUAUCCAAGAGGGAUUUGAAAUAAAGCAGAAUUUCACCAUAGAUUUCAGAUUCCAGUACGGAGUACAGGAUGAUGUCCUGUUCUUUGUGUACCAUGACAAGAGCCAGAAGCCAUACCAAGAGCGAUUCCGGUGCAAUGGCCUCCAAAAGUUUGUCUAUGCUGCAAACGAACUCCUGAAAAUGGCGGGAAUGGAUAUUUCUUGGAUUGCUGGAAACUAUCUGAAAGAUGUGUGAGAUGAGCUGUUCAUUAACGAGUGCAUGCAUGUAAACGUGUUUCACCUUGAGAACUGGAAUCUCGAAUCUGAGAAUACAGGGCAUUUUCACAUGGUGUACCAAAACACUGAAACGGCGGCCAUGUUGGUGUUCCAAACCAAUCCUGUGGGAGUUGAACUCUGUUCUUACGUAAACCUUUUCUUUUGUUCCAGCAAAAUUUGUAUGACUGCUGGUCACGUGAGGGAAAACGCUCUAUACCACAAGAUAUUCAAGAAUGUUAGUAAUGUGUCUCAACCUUAAAUACAGUAUUAGUUAGAAGGGGGUUCAAAGAUUAAUUUUUCGAAAAUUUACGAGGCUCUGAAUCCGCUCCCAUAAUUUUUGUUAAACUUUGUGAAAAGUUGAAUCUUCAGAUGUUCAUUACUUCAAUAAUAAAGGGGGAGUUACUGAGCUCGUUUUUGAGUUAGAAGCAUCCAAAGCUAAAAUUAAGGGUGUUUCCUUAAAAGAUCAUACCCAGUAGCGGAUCUAGGGGCCGCCCCCCAUUAUUUUGGGUUAACCCCCACCCCCGUUCCCAUUAACUCAAGGUAUGGAUCCGCCAUUGACACCGUUGUCAUGGUGCUUGUAAUGUCUGAAAAAUGAUCAUUCCUUGUUUAAAGAGUCUUUGAAUCCCUCUCUAAAUAAUAUUUUUUUUUCGGGAUUAAAAAUCGUUUUUCAGCUAGACUAAUGCAGCUUAACGAUAUGAGAUAAAGCAGAAUUUUACUACAGGUUUCAGAUUCCAGCACGGAACAAAGGACAACGUCCUGUUCUUUGUGUACCAUGACAAGAGUCAGAAGCCAUACAAAGAGCGAUUCCACUGCAAUGGCCUCCAAAACUUUGUCUAUGCCGCAAACGAGCUCCUGAAAAUGGCGGGAGUGGCGGGAGUGGAUAUUUCUUGGAUUGCUGGAAAUUAUCUUAAAGAUGUGUGAAAUGAGCUGCUCAACAAGCUGUGUGUACGUGAAAAAGUGCUCCACUGCUCGAAUCUAAGAAUCAAGCGAUCACGGCAGCCACAGGUGUUCCAAAACACUGAAACGACGGCCAUGCCAGACCGGACUCUAAGGCGGUUGUUGGCUAUACGCGGUUUAGCUUCUUGUUUGACCCUGAUUCUUUUGUUCUAAUGUGAAUUAUUUGACAUAUAAUACUCAGGGAAAAUCAAAUAACACAAACACAGGCACGAUAAUAUGGGUGUAGAUCUUGAUAAUUCCGUAUUAACCUGCUUAAAUGAUGACG